AAUAGUGUCCUGGAUCAAGAAAACCAGCCUCCGUCCGUUCGUCAUUAUCGCAGCAUGUUGGUUGUGGACGCUCCAUCUCUUGGUCCCCAUAAGCCCAUUUCAUACGAUGAGCUUUACGUUCAACUACCGCUGGCUGGUACAUUUCUUCGGACACGCUCUUGCAAUUUGCUCUCUAACAUGCCCAUACAUUUGUGCGUGAAUACAUGUGCUGACUUUUGAUAUUUUCUAGCUGCAAACGGUUCGAUAGCAUCGCCUGCGCUGGCUGAUAGCAAGCUACCUACCCUUCAACCUUCGUCGCCAACGAGCUCUGACUUGAUGCCUUCGGUAUCUGUCACUAGCUCUGGCCCGAUUGUCAACGAUGCCAAGGAUGUUGUGCGAAGAAAGUUGACUGGAUAUGUCGGGUUUGCAAACCUGCCCAACCAGUGGCAUCGCAAGAGUGUCCGAAAGGGCUUCAACUUCAAUGUCAUGGUAGUUGGUGAAUCUGGCCUGGGUAAAUCCACGCUAGUCAACACUCUGUUCAACACGUCUCUAUACCCCCCCAAGGAUCGCAAGGGCCCGAGCCUAGACAUCAUCCCCAAGACUGUCUCCAUCCAAUCCAUCAGCGCAGACAUUGAAGAGGCUGGUGUUCGUCUUCGUCUAACUGUCGUUGACACGCCGGGUUUCGGAGACUUUGUCAACAAUGACGAGUCGUGGAGACCCAUUGUAGACAACAUCGAACAGCGUUACGACGCCUACUUGGAUGCUGAGAACAAGGUUAACCGAAUGAACAUUGUCGAUAACCGCAUCCAUGCUUGCGUUUUCUUCAUCCAGCCCACUGGCCACUCAUUGAAGCCUCUGGACAUUGAAGUUAUGCGUCGUCUACACACCAAGGUCAACUUGAUCCCGGUCAUUGCCAAAUCGGAUACUCUUACCGAUGAAGAAAUCACUGGCUUCAAGUCUAGAAUUCUCGCAGACAUCAAGCACCACGGUAUUCAGAUCUUCGAGGGCCCUCGAUACGAGUUGGAUGACGAGGAGACGAUUGCCGAGAAUAACGAGAUCAUGUCCAAGGUUCCAUUUGCCGUUGUCGGUUCCAAUGAUGAGGUUGACAGCCUCGAUGGACGCAAGGUUCGCGGUCGUCGAUACCCGUGGGGUGUUAUCGAAGUCGACAACGAGGAGCAUUGUGACUUUGUCAAGUUGCGCCAGAUGCUCAUCCGAACGCACAUGGAAGAACUCAAGGAGCACACCAACAACAGCCUAUACGAGAAUUACCGAACUGACAAGCUUACUGCUAUGGGUGUUGCUCAAGAUCCUAGUGUCUUCAAGGAGGUCAACCCAGCCGUUAAGCAGGAAGAGGAGCGUGCUCUUCACGAACAGAAGUUAGCCAAGAUGGAGGCUGAGAUGAAGAUGGUAUUCCAGCAGAAGGUAGCCGAGAAGGAGAGCAAGCUGAAGCAGAGUGAAGAGGAGCUGUAUGCCCGCCAUCGGGAAAUGAAGGAGCAGCUAGAACGUCAACGGUUGGAGUUGGAGGAGAAGAAGGCAAGGAUCGAGAGUGGACGACCGAUCGAGAAAGAAGGCAAGCGGAAAGGUUUCUCAUUGCGAAAUUAACCUGUCACGACCCAGCCUUUCUAUCUACGAUCUACGCCCAAGCCUUUAUGAUGCCGUACUGUACCAGGCUGCCGCGUUCUUUCACUUCGUGCUUCUGUUUAUUCAACCACUUUUAAUUACUCACCACCUAAUACGCCUCGCCAUAUGGCCGUCCGUCUCGAUAGUUGGACGAGCACCUUCUGGCCGUGGAUCGUGGUACUAUCAGAAUUACUCGGCAGCCAUCAUCCCAACGACAAUAGGCGGGCUUCAGAGAGGCGAGGUUACUCGAUACCUGGGGUUGCCUUGUUGGCGUUCUUGAACAUUGUGGCGAGAUAUAGUUGGUUCAGGAUGUUGGCAAGCUGUAUCUUAAUCCUUCCGACGUUGCACAUUGAACCGCCUUAUACGU